UAAACGUCGUACGAGGAAGGAAAAUGGUUGUACGUACACAGUUUGGUUGGCAGAUAACAUUGGCCUAUCUGUUUUAUUAUUUGAUUCUCGCCGCGAACGUUCAAGUCGUAUAAAGAUACAUCAAUAUCAAUAUUUUCACCUGAUCGCCGACGAAGAACAGUCGCCUGUCGCGUUCACCAGCGUGUUACAUUGCAUAAGUGAAUAACAAAAAUCAAUUGAGUGUAAAAUAAAAUGAUACAGCGUGAGUGACUUUAAAAACGAUUUUUUGUGAAUCUGUGUAGGAAAAUACCGCAAAAAUGACCAUCGUGAGAGAUCUGCCCGAACGGAUCGCACAACCUUCGUCAGUGAAGAAGAUAGUGAAAUGGUGGUCCAAAGAGUUCAAAGUUAUUUUGGCCGAGUUCGUAUCGACGACGUUGUUGGUGUUCUUGGGAUGUAUGGGUAACAUUCCGCUAGAUAAUUUCGAUAUACAUCCUCCGAUGUAUGGGCCAAUGACUUUUGGGUUCGUCGUUCUGUUCAAUAUCACGUCAUUUGGGCAUAUAUCUGGAGCUCACAUGAAUCCGUCGGUGACGCUGUCGGCCAUAAUAUGGGGGAGCGUGUCUCUCCCACUCGCAGUGAUGUACGUGGUAGCACAGUGCGGUGGCGCGAUGGUCGGUUAUGGCUUACUGCUGAGCAUUUCACCUAUAGAUUUGAUCCCGGGUAGCGUUUGUAUAACUCAGCCUCACAUAAAUCAGACGAUGUACCAAGCUCUGGUAACUGAAAUCAUACUGUCGGCUGCGUUAGGUUUCAUUAACUGUGCCGUUUGGGAUCCCGUGAACAAGGAGAAGCAAGAUGCGAUUCCUUUGAAGUUUGGUUUUACUAUUGCGGCGUUGUCGCUCGCAGGAGGGCCCUUAACCGGGGCGAGUAUGAACCCGGCGAGGUCCCUGGGACCCGCUGUGUGGACCGGUAAUUGGAACACGCAUUGGGUGUAUUGGCUGGGCCCAGCUCUUGGCGGUGCGAUUGCCCCACUACUGUAUAAGGUAGCUUGGCUCGAAAAAAAGGCCGAAAAGGAAUCCGAGGUGCAAUCCAUCAACGGUCAGUUGUAAUAUGUUUGUAUAACUUUAAAAAGAAUAAUAAAACGAAUUUAUAUUGUUUAGUUUUUACAUUAUGUUACAGCCCAAUUAUGAAAGGUGGACUUUAUUAACAUUUCUCUGCAUUGCCAAAGUAUUUUAGUGAAACGGCGGUAACCUUGAAGAUGUUUUCCGAGAUAUUUUUAUGUAAAACGUUUUUACUGUUAACUUAUUUUUAAUUUUAGCGAUUGUUCAGCUUUAGUCAUAUCAUAAAGAAUUACCUACCGGAUAAAGGUGAUUUAAUGUUUAUCUCCGAGUGC